ACCUUGUUACUAAUUGUUUGAUUAGUAGUGUUUACUCAAAAAAAGUUCCUGUUGAGAUUUUGAACAUAAUUGGGGUUGAUGAGUAUGGUAGUUUUCCAUGGGGUAUACCAGUGUUUGAAUUAACUUUGCACAAUUUAAAGAUUGGUCUGAGGGGUGUUAUGAAGGGAAAAUGUGUUGUUAAGCCUCUUGCUAAGGUUAAAGGGAAACAUUUGGAAAAGGGUCCUCGAUCUUAUAAACUUCCUGGUUUACCUUUUGCAUUUUUGGUUUGGUUGUAUGAAACCAUUCCUUUGUGCUUGAAGGCAAAGUUUUGUUCCUAUGAUUCUGGUAAACCAUAUAGGUUUUGUAGAUGGAAGAGUAUUGGAAAUCCUAAUUCAAGUGAAGUUGAGAAGAAAGUUCUAUCUUCAAAUAAGGUAUUUUUUAUAUUUUGUAAAUUGUUUAUUUGUUGUUUUUAUUAUAUUUUGUAAACUAAUUAUUUUUUCUUGUUUUGCUAGCUGAAAGGAAAACAUAUUGUGCCUACUGAAGAUGAAAUAAAAGGUUUAUUGGUGCUUACUGGAAUGGAGUUUAUUGGCCGAGAAGAGUCAGAUGAUGACUUUGAUGAUGUUCCAUUCUCAAAGUUUAAUGUUGAUAGAGUUGGAUCUUCUGGUGUACAGAAGGAGUUUACUGGUGGGUUUGAUGUCGAUGGUGUGAUGCGUAAGAUGAAGGAGUUUAUUUCUAGGCAAAAGAAGACUGAUGAGUCUAUUGAAGUAUUGAAUAAUGUGUUGGAGGGUAGAUUCAAGGAGUUGCAGUUAAGUCUUCAGUCGUAUAUUGACUCAAAGAUCAGUGAAGGCUUGGUUUUUUUUAUGGAAUUGAAGUUUAAUGAGUUGAAGGAAGCUAUUGAAAAUGCAAAAAUUUCUAAAGAUGGAAAUGAUAGUCCUGAUGAGAGCGAUGGCAAGAAUGAUGAUUUAAAUGAUGUUGAAGUUUUUGAUGUGAAAAGUCAAGAUGCAAUUGAAACUGUUGGACUCGAUGAGAAUAUCCAAUAUACUCAGGUUUUUAAUGAUGAUGCUCCUUCAUUUGAUAUUAUGAGUUUUAUUUCUAGUAAACCUGAUUGGUUUACUGAAGAAAAAAAGAAUACUGAUAAAUUGAAUGAUGAAGAACAGGUUGUUGAUGAUCAUGGCCUAUUUAAGGAUGUUGUUAAAAAAUCUAAGGAGGAUGAAGAUGAUGGUGGUGAUGACCAGGCAAGUUUAUUUAUUUUUUAGUUUUUUCAUUAUUUAGAUGAUUUGUUACUAUGUUGGUUGUUGUCUCUGUCAAAUGUUUUUUAUGUUUGUUUUGUAUAUUUACAGGGUUUGG